AUGGCGUAUCAGAGGCAUGGUAUAGAUGAAAAGUUUAGAGAUGAGAUCCUAGCACUUAAAGAGGGACAAUACGAGUGCUUUAUAAAAGACGAAGACAUUCCCUUUGAGUAUAGUGUAGUUCGUGAUGGGAAAAAUGCUGUUGCUUGGUCGCGAUACCUUAGUACCAAGCGGAAUACUGGCGAUGAGGUUAACUUAAACUGGUUGUAUGAGCGUUGCUUACAAGAAAUUAAUGAUGAUUGGAAGAUAUGGAAGGAGUUUCUAAGUUGGAGGAUUAGUUUAUUGAAUGAUUGCAAUGUAGAGAUCUAUUACAAAGAAUAUGAUAAGGUCACGGGUCUUUUCAAUAAGUGCCUAUCAUCUCCUUGUAGAAAGUCAAAGGAUCUUUGGAUAAUGCUCUUCGAGUGGCUCAUUAAAUUGAGAGAUUUGAGUAGAAUCAGGGAUUAUUUGGUAGAAGCCUUGCUAGAACUUCCGUUGGAAUACCAUCAGGAAAUAUGGAAAGUAUUAGUUAACUUUAUCGCUGAGGUAGUGUUAGCUGACAAGAAUCCCCGUAGACUAUCCCUUGAUGAAGCUGUCGAUAACUAUGCUCAUGGAUAUAUAACCUUAUCUGGAAUAGAUAUUGAUUUUUGGUCGUCUUCAUUGCUUAAAAGAUAUUCAAUGAUAUGCAGUAAAGAUGACGACGACGAUGAUAUUGAAAAGUUGCUGAUUAGUGUAUCGAAGACUGGAGACAGUCACGCUAUUAUCGAAACAUAUGAAAGACUUUUGAGUGACGAUUUACAACCAUCUAGAACUAGCCUUUAUGAAUUAUAUUUGAACUAUAUUAACGCAUUAAUUAUAAGCGGACAAUCACAGAAGUUAUUUGCCGUUCUCAAAAAAUGUUCAGAGCUAUUUCCAUUCAAAAAGGGCGAAAUAAAAUCAAUGGAUGUUUUGAUGUCAAUCAAGAACCAUAAUAUUAGUAUAGCCGAAGAUACAUUGGACAAUUUAAUAAAUCAAACAACAGACAUUAACGAGUUUGUAUUUAUUUAUGAAUUUUGGAUUCGUUUAGAGGAACUAUUAGUACAAGAAUUUAUUCAGAUUGUAAGACAACACCCUUUAAGAGAUAAUAACGAGGCUAUAUCGAAAUCAAAGCAACAUGUUGAAAAGUUGAACUAUCUACUUAGUAAUCAUGCCAUCAAGUUGAAUGCUUUACAACUAAGACAAGAGCCCAACAAUAUAGACCUGUGGUUAGAAAGAGCGAAAAUGUUCAAAAACAUAGAGGAUAAGGCGGAAGUUUUUGCAGAUGCCGUAAUAACAGUUGAUCAUAAAGCACAAUCGAUUCCUGGUACACUAGGAGACUUAUGGUGCGAAUAUGCGGAACUAUUUGAAGGUGAUGAAACCAAAAAACAUACACUACUGGAUAGAGCAACAAAUGUUCCCUUUAAAUUUUUGAUGGAUCUAGAGAAUGUAUGGAUUUACUGGACGACAUCUUGCUUAAAAUGUAAAAAUGUGGAAGAGGCAAUUGAGCUUAUAAAAAUACCAUUAACUAUACCAGAUAAUUAUGAAUUGCUUCUAAAGAAGUUCGCAAAUUCGGAACUUCCGGCCCAAGCUGCUAUUUUUUCAUCAAAACGUCUUUGGACUGUAUAUCUCUGCCUUCUAGAAGUGAAAGGCGAUUACGAUAAUAUUAAGGCAGCAUAUGAGACAGUAAUAUCAAUCAAAACCGCUACACCAUUCAUGUUCAUAAGUUAUGCCAAAUUUUAUGAUUCGAGAGGACACAGUGCUGAAGCAUUCUCUGUAUUGGAAAGAGCUGUUGAUGUUUUUCCUUCAGAUAUAAAAACUCAGAUAUAUGAUAUCUAUAUUGAAAUGGCCCUUAAGACCAAAUUAUCAAACGAGCGCAUGCGAGAUCUAUUCGAAUCUGCUAUCAAAUUGUCAGACGAUGGAGAGGAUUGCCUUUCAUUUUUCUUGCAGUAUAGCGAUUUCGAAAUAAAGUCUGGAUUUAUUGAAAAGGGGGUUGACAUAUUGAGAAAAGGUGCGUAUAAAUGUCAUCAGAUAGAAAAUAAGUGCAUUCUUUGGGAGAAAUGCCUUUCUACCAGUAAAGAUAUGUUAGAGAUAAAUGCCACACGUGAAUUAUAUGAACAAUGUAUUGAAACACUACCCAACGGAAAAACAAUAAAAUUCCUGUUAGACUUCGCAAGACUUGAGGAAAACGAGAAAGAAUUCGAACGUUGCAGAGCUUUAUUAGAGCACGGAAGCAAGCUUCUAAAACCAGCUCAAAAUGAGGAGCUUUGGGACUAUUGGAAGAACUUCGAAACGUUGCAUGGUACUAGGGAGUCGUUUAUAAAAAUGCUCAAGAUAAGAAGAUUCUUAGAAGAUACCAUGAAGGUUGACACUGAGGAAGUUUCCAAACAAGAUAACAAUAUUCAGUUUGUUAAGUCGACUUCACAGCCCAAAGCAAAUAACGCGCCGAAUGAGACAAUUAAAUCCAAUACAGAUGAAAUUGACUUAGGAUCUAUAGAAUUGGAAAAUGACUAA